AUGUUUUAUUUCGCUGCUGCUAAACGAAAAAGCAAAGGAUAGAUGCUUAUUAAGUCUAGGGCAAUUAGCACUAAAGCUUACCCCCAAUCAGACAGAAUAUCUUCCAAGAAAUAGAUCAAUUAAGAUUUAAAGAUGAUGAGAUAGUUAAGAUUAAACAGUCCAACUAGCAUAAGAAGAAUAUUCACAAUUAAUCCCUUGAUAGACAUCAAGAUAAUAGAGAAUAGUACCUAGAGCGAUUUGGGUUAAAAAUCUUAAAUCCACAGGAAAAAUUUUAACAAUUCUCAACUCCUAAUCAAUCAAAAUACUUUAGCUCAAGAUUAUGAUUAAGCUGGUGCUAACAAAAGUUAAUAACCCUUAAGAAUUACGAAUGUUAAAUUAGCUUCUGUACACAAAGCAAAUGAGAAAAAUGGACAUUAAAUUAACAAGGAUUCAGAUCAAUUCAUUACAAGAAGUGAAGACAAGAAGAUGAGAAAGUAAAAUUUGAUGUAUAAUAACGAAGGACAAGGUAAGAAUGUGAACUCUUCUGAUCAGGAUGAUUCAUAUUCAGAUUAACGCUAGAAAAACAAAUCUUAUAUUCAAACCAGAGAUAUGGAGAAAAUGAGUCAAAUAGAAGAAUCUGAAAAAGAGUAGGAGGAAUCAUUGACAGAAGAGCAAAUGAUGCGUAUCACUAAAAAGCAUUCAAAUUCGUUCUAAAACCACUCCAGUCGGAAGCAUAAACCCAAACUUAGUUAGAAUGCGAUUCAAUUUAAACAAAACUUAAGGAAAAACUCAAUUGUAAAAAUUGACUCUAGCAAAAUAGCAUCGAGCGUUAUUAGAAAUAGUUAAGCCUCUCAUGAUUCGAAGAAGGAUGGAUCUUACCCUAGAAAUAAUACUUAAAUUAUUGAAAGUUAGAAUGAGGAAAAUUAAGAGGAACUCCAAGACCAAGAGGAACAGCAAACUUUUGUGGUAACAGAAGAGGAGAAAGAUGAUAUACCUUGCUAGAUUAGAGAUGCUUCAAGCUUUGAUGAGAGAAGGCAUCUUGAAAAGAGAUUUUUUGAAAACAUCAAGAAAGACUCAUCAAGUGGAAAUAAUGAGAUGUUAUACAUAGUGGACACAAAAUGGGUUAAAUAGUGGACUAACUUUCUGUCUGGAGGUGAGAAUAUAGAAGUGUCUGUGGAUUACUAUUUCAUGACUGAGAAAAUGUGGAAAUUUUUGUAUGCUAUUUAUGGAGGCGGACCAAUAAUGAAAAAAAGAUUUCUAGAAUCAGAUCAAAAUGAUGACUCCCAAAGCAGUUCAUUUUAAUUGAUCAACCAAUAAAAUCAUAAAAAGAGUGAAUUACACUCAGAUGAUAGUUUCAAAAACUCAAAUCUUGUGACAAAGGAGCAAAAUCUAAUGCUUGAAGAAUAUCUAUUAGACUAAGAAGAGAAGAAAUUUCUAGAAAGAGUAUCUUAAAGAAGUGGCACACCACAAAUACCAAGAACAAGGAAAAAGCAGGAUUCUUUAUUGGGAAGUAAUGAAGGAUUGCCACCAGGUACAUUUGAUAUUUAGAACAUGAGAAAAAGUGGGGGAGUGACUGACGAAACAUACAAUCAAGCGAAUAUUUGUCAAAGUGCAGGAAAAGGAGGUGUAUCAAAUUUCGAUGAUGAUGUAACUACCUCAAGACCAUCAUCAUCAUUAUCAGCAAUGAUUCAGUAUAAUUAAAAAGGAGCUAUUAGAAAUAGAGCUAAAGAAAAAUUUCAACAGGAAAAAUCUACAUUUAAUAGGCAGCAUAAAUAUCCAGAGGAGUAAUAUCCAAUCCCUAAUAAUUAUAUAUUUAGAGAAGUGAGAGUAGUAGGGUUAGAUAAUCCUUAAUAUUUCUGUUAUAUGAAUUCAGUCAUCCAAGUUCUCUUAAGCAUAAAAGAUUUCCGCUAUUAUUUCUUUUACAAAGAAUUUGGACAAGUUACUUAUCAAACACAUUUUCAAAAAAAGACUUAUUGCCAUAGCCUUGCUAAACUUUUUAAAGAAAUGUUAACUCUUGAGGAAGAAUACGAUCAUUUAAAGCCCACUUUCUUUCACAAUUUAGUUGAGAGAAAAUUCUGUUCAUCACUUCAACACGAUGCUCAUGAGUUCUUGAUGUAUUUACUAAGUCAGCUUUAGGAUGAGUUGAAUCCAGGCCCUUCAUGCGAGGUUAAUAGAAGGUUCUCUACUACUAGUUCAUAGGCUAGCAAUUACUGGAAUAAUUACCUAUAAGCUCAUCCCUCGAUCAUAGAUUAACUAUUUGUUGGACAGAUAUGCCAGAUAGUAUAGUGUAAGCAGUGCCAAAACAAGUCCCCAUCAUUCAUUCCAUUUAUGGAUAUAUCUCUUCCCAUCACUUAAAACCUGAAAACCUCUCUCUAGUAAUAUCUCGCUACAGAGAGGAUUGAAGGUACUGCUGAAGAGAUGUACUCUUGCUUAGCUUGCCAAACUAAAACAAAUGCUAAUAUUAAGAAAAAGUUCAUAAAUCUACCCAGAUAUCUUGUUCUUCAUUUGAGAAGAUUUGAAGAAAAUGAGUAGUCUUAAUUUAUUAAGAAUAAGAAACCUAUUGAUUAUCCACUUGAGAUGGACAUGGAUGAUUAUUGCAACCAAGCUUUUGAAAAGCUAGGCAAAUUUAGUUUGAUUGGAGCUGUAUUACACAAGGGUAAGACAUUAGAGUCAGGACACUAUAAUUGUAUUACUAAGAGAUUAGACGGGGAUUGGUGGUUCUGCAAUGAUUCAGAGAUCUAGUAAGUUUAAAAGGAGGAGCAUGUGCUCCAGUCUAAGAAAAGUGUUUCAGUUCUUAUAUACGAGAAGCAGUGA